AUGCUCAGGAAGCGCACUGUGGAAGAUCGUCUUGUUCGUAUAAAAUACGCUUGUUUGGCGAUACUUGCUUCUGUUCUUCUCCCUACAAAUUUGAAGAUGAAGAUUUGUAGAGAACAUGCUGAGGUUAUUGCGGAUCUUGAAGAAUUUUUUGCGUAUCCAUGGGGAAGACUUGCUUUCGACAUUCUCAUGACCAGUAUCAAAGAGAGAGACGAGAUUGCUCUCUCACAAAACACUAUUGCCGUUAAAGGAUUUGCACUUGCUUUGCAGCUUGUAAUAGUUGAGGUGGUCCCAUCUCUUACAGAAGUUGUCCAGGAAAUGUGUUCAUCUUCUGAAGGUGAUAGCGACGAAGAAGCCGAUGAUAUGAGCGUCAAACCGAAGAUAAAGACUCUUAGUCCUGCUCAUGCAAGAAACGUCGACAAGCAAUGUGAUGUUCUUGUAAGAAGCAUCAUUGAUCAAGACCUGUUGAGACCGGUAGAGGAGUCAAAUUUGAGCUGGUCCGACGAGGAAGAAGAUGAGAAGGUUGAUAACAUGGUAUCUCUUAUCAACACUAACUUUAAGUUCACCGAGUCCAUGUUUGUUGGUGGGGUCACUAAGUUAGAUGUAGUUCGCAUGAGCCAGUCUGGAAAUUUUACAUCAAAGGCGAGGAGUUCGAAGAAACAGCUUGCCCUUAGCCCUUUAAACGACCCAGGUUACAUAGCUUCCCUUGUCAUCGAAAAAAUAAAACCUGAGUUUCAAACAAUGGACGGGAACAUUUUGGAAGCUUGUAAGAGGGUAGAUUCUAUCGAGGGUUCUCUGGUGGGACUUGUUCACUCUGUUUUGGGGAAAUUUAGAGAGGAAAUGCUAGACUCAGUUAGAUAUUUGGUUACUGAGUUGACAAAAGCAGAAGCUGGUCCUCCACUGACGUUAGCACAGCAGGGGACGAAUGCGACACCUGUGAGAGAUGCAAAUGAUGUAACUAUCCGUAACAUUCUUGGUAACAUAAGUGCGUACUCCACUCCCCCAGAUUCACCACGUUUAAGCCAGGCCGAGAAUUUGACUCCCACAUACAACAAAGACGGUUUAUAUGGUGAAGCUGCGGGGGAUAACGUAAACGACAGUUUUGCACUCUCGGCCCAUAGCCACAAUCAUCGUACGCCAGUAGACAUCAAUCAACCAUUGGAAGUUGCGGCCACGGUACAUGGACCCUUCGUUGAUAUGCCAUCUUUCUCUCUAGGUCUAACGCAGGAAGGGGCUCUACAUUGGAAUCAUGGUAUUUCUAUGCCAGAGAUUGUGACUGCCGUUAUAGAACCUACAGUUAACGUUGUAAACAACAUCGAAGAUCCACAGCAGUGUCGAAAAAGCAAGAGACAAAAGUGCGUACCACAAGCUCUUGUUCAGGAUUAUCAAUGUGGUCCUGAAAUUGUUUCACGUGUGCAGCAAUCUCAGAAGUCCAUAUUUGCAUAUCAUGACAGAAAUGAGAUUGAUCAAAAAUAUGCAAGUCUUUUGCAACAAGCAGACCGACAUUAUCUUAUCAGGGUUGGCGGAGUUUCGGUCUCUGCCAAAGAUGUUCUAGUACUUGCAGAGCGGUCGAGGUUUCUUACGUCGAAGGUUGUGGACGUUCUAAUACAACUGGUUCAGUUGAUUAUUCGUCAGCAUUAUCCUGUAAAGACUCUUGAAAGGACUGUCUUUCUUGACAGUAAAUACGUCUCUGGAAUUAGUAGGACCUUUCCCAAGUUUUAUAAGAGCAGGAAAAAGCAGUCCUUCAUUUUUCCCAAAGGAGUAGUUCAAGCUUUUUUGGAUAGGGAUGAGGCAAACGUGCAGGCUACCCGGUAUUACUUUCCGUUAUAUGUUGGAAAGAAACAUUGGGUAGGUAUAUGCGUGGAUCACAACUGUGGUAAAAUUACAGUUCUAGAUUGCAAUACUUCCUUGUUCACUGAUGAAAUGAUUGAGAAACAUUUACAUCCACACUUGCUUAUGUUACCAUAUAUUGUGAGACUCUCAAGGGAAGCUGUGGGAAGUGCUGAACCAAAGCGUUUUGCUGUUGAGCGACCAAAAAAUCUGAGUCAAAUCCAAAAUCCAUGUGACGACGGACUGAUGUCUGUUCUGCUAAUGUCUAGCCAUGCUGUUUACGGUAUUGAAGCAUGCAAGAAUAUCAGUACUGAUAGUCUCGUGGAAGAAGGAAAGAGUGCUGCGGUUCUGGCUUUUGAAUUUAAGGAGACUGUGUAG